UCAGUGUUAGCAUAUUAGCUAACAGUCUUCACCUCAGCAUAGUGCGAUGUUGUUUUUACAAAUUAAGUACCCUAAAAGUGAUAUUUAAAAACAAUACUCGAGCAAAGUAAGCUAUUUGUUUAAGUUACGGGAAAAAAAGCUAGUUAACUGUAAGGACAUGGCAACCGGUCUGAAAAAGCGAGCGAAAGCAAAACAAGAGGUUGCUGAGUGGGACAGCUUAUUCAACCAGGAGCUCAGAACUCAGGAGCAGUCUCUGGUGUUUGUAAAGCGAAUGCUGGUCCUGGCCGUGUCCUCUAUAACGUACCUGCGUGGGAUCUUUCCAGAAGACGCAUAUCGAUCCCGCUACUUAGAAGAUUUAUGCCUCAAAGUUCUUAAAGAGGACUGCACCUCUCCAGGAGCCAACAAAAUUGUCAAGUGGUUAAUUGGAUGUUUUGAUGCCUUGGAGAAGAGAUACCUGCAAAUUGUGCUUAUCGGGGUGCACCGCGACCCAGAUGACACUAAUCAUGUCAUAGAAUCUUAUCAGUUCAAGUUCAAGUACACAGACAACGGGCCCCAGAUGGACAUCCUCAGAAACGAGAACAUCGAGAUGAGGGUGACCAUAGAGGACACGAAGAAGGCCUCGGUUUUGCUGAUCCGAAAGCUUUUUCUGCUCAUGCAGAAUCUAGACUCUCUGCCUGACGAUGUCUACCUCACCAUGAAGCUCUACUAUUACGAUGAUGUGACCCCAUCAGACUACGAGCCGCCGGGGUUUAAGGAGGGCGUGUGCGACAGCCUGUGGUUCGAGGGCACAGCAGUGCACUUCAGAGUGGGAGACCUGCAGACUCCCUUCCACGUCCUGAAGGUCGGAGUGGCAGCCGAGCAGGGCCGCUUGAGCAAACUGCAGGAGGGCGAGCACCUGAAAGACAGCGUCCAGGACUCUGUGCAGGAGGAGCGCAUUUCUGAAAUCCGUAGGUGCCUGGAUCGGGCAGGGAGGACAGUCUGCCGUCUGAGGACGAAUCGGCCGCGCAGUUCAAGCAACCCGCCAAAACCCUGGUGAAGAAAAGAGAAAACAAACUGGCCAAGAGAAGGAGAAAAGAAAUCUAAAAGCGCUAAUACAGCAGUUUGUUCGCACGUUUGUAGUCGAUACUCAUGUUUAUUCGUGAGGUCAAAUUUUAUGGAGACUGUUAAAUUAUUUAAGUGUAGUAGUAACUAGUUCAGUUUCGGCGUUCAUAUAUUAUUGAGCUUCUUCAUGACACUUCUUUCAAAAGACUGUAAUUCAAUACAAGUGCAAAAUAAGAAAAAUACAGUGUACACCGACAGCAACAAAUUAAAUAUUUCUGUUAAUUUACUGUAUUUUAUUUCCCCUCAUGAAAUUAUUAAUUUAAAUACAAAAAUCAUUUGUAGUUGUUACAGUCUGGUUUGUAGCAUUAAUUACUGCAUAAGCAAUAAAACAUUUAGACAAUA